AUGGUUUUUGGAAGAAUCGACCGGCCUAUUAUUUUCUGGGAGGAUGGAUCUUCCAUCAUCGAUGAGAGUGUUACAAAGCUCAAAAGGAUUCUUGAAGGAAAGCCUGAAACAGCCUUUGUGACUGAACAAUAUAUGAAAAACUACACUACAAUUUACGAUAUGUGCACCCAGAAACCACCUGAAAAUUACUCUGAUCAACUUUACAACAAGUUUCGUGGCAUAUUUGAAGAAUAUGCCAAGCAAACCGUGUUGCCCUCUAUCAUGGAGAAGCAUGAUGAAUACAUGCUGAGAGAGUUUUCUCAAAGGUGGGAUAUUAAUAAGAUUAUGGUUAAGUGGCUAUCCCACUUCUUCUUCUACCUUGACCGUUUCUACACUGCACGGGCAAACCUUCCAAACCUAAAUAAAGCUGGCAUGACCUGUUUCCGCGAUCAUGUUUACGAAAGCAUUCACUUCAAUGCCAAACAAGUUAUUAUAGCAUUGAUUCAUAAAGAGCGAGAGGACCAACAGAUUGAUAGGGCACUAUUGAAGAAUGUGUUAGAUCUCUUUGUUCAGAAUGGGAUGGAAAGUAUGGAUAGGUAUGAAAAUGAUUUUGAGAAGUUCUUUCUUGAAGAAACCACUUCUUACUAUUCCCGCAAGGCCUCAAGCUGGAUCCAAGCGGAUACUUGCCCUGAGUACAUGAUCAAGGCUGAGGAGUCUUUAAAGAAGGAGAAGGAGAGAGUCACUCACUACCUUCAUUCAGACACCGAGCCUAAACUAAUUAAGGGUGUGCAAGACGUUUUGUUGGUUUCGGUUGCAAAAGACCUUCUAGAAAUGGAGGACUCUGGUUGCAGCGCAUUGCUGAGAGAUGACAAGACGGAUGAUCUCGCUAGGAUGUACAGGCUGUACCAUGCCAUCCCCAAAGGUUUGGAACCUGUUUCUGAAGCCUUUAGGCUUCAUGUUACUUCAGAAGGUAACACUCUUAUCAGACAAGCCGAAGACAAAGCUACUAAUAAUAACGUGGUGGAACAGGAUGUUAUCAGAAGGAUCAUCGACUUGCACCAUAAGUACAUGGUAUAUGUCACUGAGUGUUUUCAGAACCACACACUCUUCUAUAAGGCGUUGAAACAAGCCUUUGAGAUCUUUUGUAACAAGAAAGUGGCUGGAAUAUCAAGUGCAGAGUUACUUGCAAUGUUUUGUGACAAUUUUUUCAAGAAGUCAUUGAAUGACAAAUCUAAUGAUGAGUCUACUAUUGAGUCUACCAUUGAAAAUGUUGUUAAGUUGCUUGACUACAUAAGUGACAAGGAUCAUUUCGCCGAGUUUUAUAGGAAGAAGCUAGCACGUAGGCUAUUAUUGGAUCGCAACUUUAAUGACGAACAUGAAAGAACUAUACUUACAAAGCUCAAAGCACAGUUCGGUGGGCAGUUUACUUCAAAAAUGGAGGGAAUGCUGACGGAUAUGCAAUUGGCAAAAGAGCACCACUCUGGCUUUGACACAUAUAUAGGAAACAGUGGAAAACCAAAAGGUAUGGAUUUCACGGUCACUGUUCUCACCACUGGUUUUUGGCCGAGUUACAAGACAUCAGACCUCAAUUUACCACUUGAGAUGGUCAGCUGUAUUGAGUCUUUCAAGGCUUAUUAUGAAACCAAAACCAAGCACAGGAAACUUAUGUUGAUUUAUUCUCUGGGAAAUUGUCAUCUCAAUGGUAGAUUUGAUUCAAAACCUAUUGAGUUGAUUGUUUCUACCUACCAGGCUGCUGUACUUUGUGCUUUUAACAACACAGAAAGAUUAACUUAUCAAGAGCUCCUUGAACAACUAAACCUUGGCCAUGAAGAUCUUGCAAGGGUGCUUCAUUCACUCUCAUGCUCCAAGUACAAGAUUCUCAAUAAGGAACCAGCGACAAAGACCAUCUCUAAAACAGAUUCUUUUGAAUUCAACUCAAAAUUUACAGAUAAAUUGCGGAGAAUCAGGGUGCCUCUUCCUCCAAUCGAUGAUCGCAGGAGAGUCGUGGAAGAUGUUGACAACGAUAGGCGUUAUGCUAUUGAUGCUUGUCUUGUGCGAAUCAUGAAGAGCAGAAAAGUGUUCUCUCAUCAACAGUUGGUCUCUGAAUGUAUUGAGCAGCUUAGUCGAAUGUUCAAGCCUGAUAUAAAGGUAAUCAAGAAACGGAUUGAGGAUUUGAUCGGCAGAGAGUUCUUGGAGAGGGAUACUGAAAAUCCCAACACUUACAAAUAUGUCGCUUAG